CUCGGUUGUUAGCUGUGUCGCAGCAGAAACAUGGAGGGUUUAGAAGACGAGCUGACGUGUCCCGUGUGUCUGGAGUUGUACACCUGUCCGCUCCUGCUGCCCUGUCAUCACAACCUGUGCCGCAGGUGUGCGGAGGCGUUCCUCGAGACUCACCCCGAUGAACCAGCGGGGGCACAGGCCGCCUGCUCCUCGGAACUAAUCCCUUCCCUCGAAAACCUGGGAAGUUUCGCAUGUCCAACAUGUAGGGAAGAGGUUCGCUUGGGUGACCGUGGUGUACACGGGUUGGGAAGAAAUCAAAUGCUGCAGAACAUCGUUGACAGGUUUAAACAACUCCAUGCGCAGUCACAGUUGAAAAGUAGUACAGUGGCAUGUCUGGUCUGUGAUGCAACGCCACCUAAAGAUGCAGUGAAGAGUUGCACCACCUGUAAGCUGUCCUACUGCGGAGAUUGUCUGCAACUGCUGCACCCAUCCCGCGGCGGGCUAGCCAAUCACCAACUUGUAUCACCUGUAGAGUCUUUUGAUAACCAACAGAAGACUGUGAUGUGUCCGGAUCACAAGAACAAGCCGGUAGAGCUUUACUGCAAGCUGGAUAAGGCCCCAGUCUGCUGCCUCUGCAAGCUGGUCGGCAAGCACAAGGAACAUGACGUCGCUGCCUUGGAGGAGGUGUAUGGUGACAAAAAGGAUGAUCUACAGAAAGUCGUCGAAGAAUUGAAGGGGAAAAUCGAAGAAGAGACAACAAAGAUCAAAGAACUUGAAAGUAGGAAGGCAGCAAUGGAGAGUCACGGAGCUCAAGUGAAAUCACAAAUCAAGACAGAUUGUGACGCACUGAUAAACACUAUCCGAGAACGCGAGGUCGUUAUGGUGGCGAAAGUAGAUGCGGUAUUAAAAGAUGACACUACCAAGAUACAAUCUUUCAUUGACAGCUCUCAUGAGAAAGUGAAGAGUGCAAAUUCAUGUCUGGCGUAUGCCAAGGAGGCUGAAAAAGAAACCGAUCCAGCUUGCUUCCUACAAGCCGAGCAGCUUAUCACAGGCCGCGUGGAGCAAAGUACCAGCAUGUUUGUCCAUGAUGAACAGUACAAACACAUUCCCACUGACAGAGUCACCGUAGACCUUAGUCCGGUGAAGAGUCUAUUGGAAGGCCUUGCUUUGCCGCAUGCCCCGGUCAUUUCUCUAGAAAAGUGCAAAGCUACAGCGCAUGAGGCGACAGUGUCGUGGGACAGUGAUGACGGCAAGGGUUAUAAGUUCGAUGUUCUGUGCUCCUCUCCCGGUGAUUUCCCAGUCAGGAUGCACAACGUACAAGGCAACUCAUGCGAGGUGGAAGGUCUGGAGGAGAGCACAAGUUAUGGUGUGACAGUUAUUUCUAAAACUAACAGUGGUACAGCGAAAAGUGACAUGUUUCCUAUGAAAACAACUAUGGAGCCAAUGGGGAUCGUGCAAGAACUUCCACAUCUUUCGGAGCCAGAGGAGAUCAUACAAGAACUUCCACAACAUCCGGAGCCAGUGGAUAUCAUGCAAGAACUUCCACAACUUCCGGAGCCAGUGGAUAUCAUGCAAGAACUUCCACAACAUCCGGAGCCAGAGGAGAUCAUACAAGAACUUCCACAACUUCCGGAGCCAGUGGAUAUCAUGCAAGAACUUCCACAACAUCCGGAGCCAGUGGAUAUCAUGCAAGAACUUCCACAACAUCCGGAGCCAGUGGAGAUCAUGCAAGAACUUCCACAACAUCCGGAGCCAGUGGAUAUCAUGCAAGAACUUCCACAACUUCCGGAGCCAGUGGAUAUCAUGCAAGAACUUCCACAACAUCCGGAGCCAGUGGAGAUCAUGCAAGAACUUCCACGUUCUAACUAUUUCACAGAGCGCUCAAAUAGUGACGUGCCAGGGAGACGACUGCCGCGGUGCUACAUGGGAUGCUCCGUUGACAAAAUAGCUGCCACAGAUAAAGAUCACGUGACCCCCAAGGUGAGCAACGCAAAGAUGGAGGACUUACAGCGAAAGGUCGAGGAACUAGAGGUCAAGACGAAGGAGGAGAAGGGCAAAAUACAGAAAUCAUCCCUGAGCGCUCCAUCGAUAGAUAAAGAAAAGUGCAGGACAAGUUUCGAUAUGGCGUACAUAGAAUGGCAGUCACCAGGCGACAUCGGAGUCUUUGAACUUCACUGUUCUUGUGCCGAUGAGUCCUCAGAUGACCCCCCAAUCAUUAUUCAGAACAUACGGGGGAACUCUUCUGUCGUUCGAGGCCUCAGUUCUGACACAAUGUACAAGUCUCAAGUCUGCGCAACUGACGGUAACAGAGUGUGUCCCAGUGCAACCGUUACCAUGGAAACCAUACCUUUCUUCUUCCGCUUCGACCCAGAAACGGCGGGAAAACGGCUGCACCUGUCGGAGAGAAACACGAGGGCGGUGAAGGGGGAUGAGAUCCCUUCUCUCCCCGAGGUCCCGGGGAGGUUCAAAACAUCCACGGUGUUUGGGACCGCGGCUGUGUCAGGGGGGAGGCACUACUGGGAGGUGGGGACGGAAAACGCCAGGUACUAUUUGUUAGGGGUGGCGUAUGGAGACGUGUCACGGGAGGUCAACAUCGGUGAGUCGCCCGGAGGAUGGGGCAUCGAGCGGACAUCGGGCGACACCUACAAGGCGCACGACCAAGGCAACUCUCAUGACAUAACUUUCUCUCCCCACCCAGACAAGAUAGGCGUGCUUCUUGACUACAAAGCCGGGUUUGUGACCUUCCAAGACGCUGAGAGCAAGAAGGUCAUCCACACCUUCAAGGUCAAGUUCGAGCGGCCAGUUUACCCAGCGUUCUCUUUGUGGAUCGGGUUGGGAGGGAUAUCGUCAGUUCUGAAACUACACACUGGGGUUUCCAUACCUCAGUAGCAAGGAAACUUUCAACAGCAAACGAACAUGAACAAAGCUUUGGCAGUUGUCCACAGAAGGAAACAUUACACUUGAAAACUUUAAAGGUUUAUGUAACGUUUAACGAAGAUUGUGUUGUGAGAGCUUGCUUAAUUCCUGUUGAAAGUCAAUACUCAUCUGUAGAUCGACUAUAUCAAAUGCCACGGAGCUUGCCUUUUCGUUCUAAAAUAGUUUUAGGAAUAAA